GACAUGUGAUUUUUUGCUUUUGUUUUUUUUUUCGAUGAUUCAAAUUUGAUAAAAUUUUCCGAAAUAAAAUUAUCAUCAACCAACAAAAAACAAUGGCAUCUCUUGAUCAAAUUCGCCAAACAUAUUUGGAACAGAUUUUGGCCACAUCUUUUUCAACAUCGAUUGUUGGUAAAUUGGAAAUUGAUAAAUAUCUUGAAAAUCAAUUAUGGCCAAAUUAUAAUGAAUCAAAUUGUGAUUGUAAAGAAUUGAUCAUGUCUAUCGUAGCAAUGGUUAAUCAAAAAUUUCGUGAAGGUGUCGGUUCAUGGCAAACAUUCGAACAAAAACCGAAUCAUUUUCCAUUAUUCUUUCGACAUACAACACGUUUGAUGCUCAAUACCGAAUCAUCAUUAACAUCAAAAGAAAAAUUAACUUUAUUAAUAUUUUUGAUUCGUUGUUUUAACAGUAUCGAAAUCGAAUUGGUAAGAUGUUCCAUACAGAAAUAUAUUUCAAUGCCAAUUUGGUCAUGUUUAUCAUUGGCUCGUCUUGAAUUUGAAUUUAAAAAAGUACCAAAAUUGAAAAAAUUUUGGAAAAAAAUUGAAAAAUCCGAUCAAAAUCUAUCCGAAUCGGAACGUGAACAAGUGAUGUUUGAACGAAAAUUUCUCUAUAAUCUUAUAUAUGAUUUUUAUAAAUGUUUAAAUGAAAUACCAUCUGCGGAAAUGAAACCAAAACUUGGUGGAAAAGAAAUCGAUUUGAUUCGUUAUUGUGAACGAUUUAUUGAAUUUCUUAUCGACAUUGAAUCAUUAUUACCAACAAGAAGAUUUUUCAAUGCUAUUGUUGAUGAUCUACAUGUUAUUACUGUAUCAAGAUUAUCCAUAUUGGCACAAAAACGACCAAACGAAGGUCGGUUAUUUAAUCAAUUAUUGGAUAGGCUAAGAUUUUAUGUAAAAUUCGAAAUCGAUGAUGUUACAGGUGAAGCAUUAACCGAUUCACAAAUAUCAUCAAAACAUUUUGAACAAUUAACAAAUUUACAGAAAAAAAUAUUCAAAUUAUUUUCCGACAUUGAUGAAUAUCGACCAUUAUUUUUGGCAAGUGUUGCAUCGAUUGAUAAUCGAAAUAAAUUAUUAAAAUAUUUUUCAUUAAUCAAUGAAAAUCGUUUGAUAAUGCUUUGUCAUCAUUUGGAAAUUGGUUUAGAUAAUAAUGAACAAAUUGAUAAAAUUUGUAAUUAUUUUCAUAAUCUUAAACGUAAAGAUAUAUUACUUGAAAUAUUAGUUGAUCGUUAUCAACGAUAUGAUUCACAGAUAAAAUCAUUAAACCAGAUGCCAUUAUAUCCAAAUGAACAAAUUAUUUGGGAUGAAAAUUUAGUACCAUCAAAAUAUUAUUCUGGUGAUUAUUGUUUAGCAUUACCAAAAUUAAAUAUACAAUUCCUUACAUUACAUGAUUAUCUGUUAAGAAAUUUUCAUCUAUUUCGUUUGGAAUCAACAUAUGAAAUAAGACAAGAUAUUGAAAAUGCUGUUUCACAUUUAAAACCAUGGAAAACUGAAGACGGUGAUAUUAUGUUUGGUGGUUGGUCACGUAUGGCCAUUCCUAUUGAUUCAUUUCAUAUUACGGAAAUUGGCCAAGCCAAAAUUGGUGAAGAUAAACCAAGCCGCGUACGUGGUGAAAUUAUUGUCAAUUUAAAUGUAAAAAAAUCAAUCAAAAAUGAAUGGGAAUCAUUACGUAAACAUGAUGUUUGUUUUUUAAUCACUGUACGACCAGAAACAAAAUUCGGAACACAAUAUAAUUAUAAUGAACCAUUUAUUCCACAAGUUGGACUUACAUAUGUACGUGGUUGUGAAAUUGAAGGAAUGUUAGAUGUACAAGGAAGAUUAGUGGAUGAAACUGUUGCUAAUGAACGUCCACAAUUUGAUACUGAUUAUCGUACAUAUCGUGUUUUACUUGAUCAAAAUCAAUUUAAAAUUGAUAAUGAAAAUUCAAAUCAAUUUAAUGAUAUUUAUGAUUCAUUUAAUGUAUUGGUACGACGAAAACCGAAAGAAAAUAAUUUUAAAGCUGUAUUGGAAACAAUACGUGAUUUAAUGAAUACAAAAUGUGUUGUACCUGAAUGGCUACAUGAUAUACUGCUUGGUUAUGGUGAUCCAAGCGCAGCACAUUAUUCAAAUCUUUCAACAAAUGAACAACAAUUUAAACGAUUAGAUUUUUUCGAUACAUUUAUUGAUUAUAAUCAUUUAGUUGAAUGUUUUCCUACAUAUCAAAUUCAAAUGGUAAACAAUAAUGUUGAAGAAAAAAUGAUCGAUUCAUCACCACCGAAACCACCGUUUAGACUUUCAAUUGAUGAUGAAUCAAAGAAAAUAUCUGUAAUGCCUUAUAAGAUAUUGAAUCGUGGACCAUAUGUUGAUGAACAACCUAAAUGGAAUCGUAUACGAUUUACAACCAAACAAAUUGAAGCUAUUCGUUCAGGAAUUCAAUAUGGUUUAACAAUGGUUGUUGGACCACCUGGUUCAGGUAAAACUGAUCUAGCUGUUCAAAUUAUAAACAAUCUUUAUCAUAAUCAUCCUGAUCAACGAACAUUAAUUGUAACACAUUCAAAUCAAGCAUUGAAUGCAAUGUUUGAAAAAAUAAUAUCAUUAGAUAUUGAUGAAAGACAUUUAUUAAGACUUGGUCAUGGUGAAGAAACAUUGGAAACGGAAAAAGAUUUUAGCCGUUAUGGUCGUGUUAAUUAUGUAUUGAAAAAACGUUUAGAAUUAUUGGAUUUGGUUGGUAAAUUGGCACAAUCAUUAAAUCUUGAUGAUGAUGUUGCAUAUACUUGUGAAACGGCACGUUAUUUUUAUCUUUAUCAUGUUUUAUCUAAAUGGGAAGCUUUUCUUUAUGAAAUCAAUCAAAAUCAGAUUGAAAAUCGAACAGCAAAAAUUAUUGAAGAAAAAUUUCCAUUUCAUAAAUUUUUUUCCAAUGUUUCCAAUUUAUUUCAUGGACAAUCAUUUGAUGAAGAUUUAGAAAUUGCAAAAGGUUGUUUUCGUUUUCUGAAAAAAAUAUUCACACAAUUGGAUGAAUUUCGUGCAUUCGAAAUUAUGCGUUCAGGUAGUGAUCGUGCUAAUUACCUGUUGGUAAGAGAAGCAAAAAUUAUUGCCAUGACAUGUACACAUGCAGCAUUAAAACGUAAAGAAUUAGUUAAUCUUAUGUUUCAAUAUGAUAAUAUUUUAAUGGAAGAAUCGGCACAAAUUCUUGAAAUUGAAACAUUCAUACCAUUAUUAUUACAGAAUCCAAAUCAUGGCCAUAAUCGUUUAAAACGUUGGAUUAUGAUUGGUGAUCAUUUACAAUUACCACCUGUAAUUAAAAAUAUUAGUUUUCAAAAAUUUAGUAAUAUGGAACAAUCAUUGUUUACCAGAUUUGUAAGACUUGGUGUACCGACAAUUUAUCUGGAUUCACAAGGACGUUCACGUCCAUCAAUCUGUAAACUAUAUAGUUGGAAAUAUAAAAAUCUUAAAAAUUUAAAACAUAUUAAUGAAUUACCGGAAUAUCAAUUUCCUAAUCCAGGUUUCCUUUAUGAAUAUCAAUUGAUUAAUGUAGAAGAUUUUAAUAAUGUUGGUGAAUCCGAACCAUUACCACAUUUUUAUCAGAAUUUAGCCGAAGCUGAAUUUGUUGUUGCAACAUUUAUGUAUAUGCGUUUAUUGGGAUAUCCAUCGGAUAAGAUAACAAUAUUGACAACAUAUAAUGGCCAAAAACAUUUAAUACGUGAUGUUGUUGAACAACGUUGUUCAACGAAUCCAUUUAUUGGCAAACCAAAUAAAGUGACUACUGUGGAUAAAUUUCAAGGACAACAAAAUGAUUAUAUUUUAUUAUCAUUGGUACGAACAAAAACUGUUGGCCAUAUUAGAGAUGUACGACGUUUGAUUGUUGCAAUGUCACGUGCACGUCUUGGACUUUAUGUAUUUUGUCGACGAAAUUUAUUCGAAUCAUGUUUAGAACUUGAGCAAACAUUUUCAUUACUAAACAAACAUCCUAAUCGAUUACAAUUGAUACCGAAUGAAUAUUAUACGAAAAGAUUUUCGAUUGAACGAAUAAACAAAAAUCAACAACAACAACAACAAGAAAUGAUUAUUAUUGAUGAUAUGAGUAAAAUGGUAAAAUUUGUAUUUGAUUUUUAUACAAAACAAGUGCAACGAAUACGUGAACAAGAUCCAGAAUUAUUUGAAUCAAUUGUUAAUCCAAAUAGAAAACAACAAGUUGAUAAUGAUGAUGAUGACGAUGAUGAAGAGCCUGAACAAGAUGAUAAUCAAAUCGAUGAAGAUUUACCAUUCGAAAAGAUUACUGAAAAAGAUACUGGUUUGAAUGAUGAUGAAAUAAUUGAUGAAUCUAUGGAUGUUGAUGAUGAUGAUGAAAAUGUUGUUGUUGUUGUGAAUAAAGAUCAGCAACAACAACAACAAUCUGUAUCGGAAUCUCAAGAAUCGUCUGAAGAUAAAAAAUCUGAACAUGAAGAAGAAGAAGAAAAUCAACAACCAUUACAACAGGAAGAAGAAAAAGAUUAAUUUUGGUCUGGUUCUUGUCCAUAAAAAAUUUGU